UGGAUUUAAAAAAUAUGGAGUUAAGAAAGGACUUGUAGUUUUGGUCCAUCGCUUGAUUGUGGAUAGUGGCAGCAACAAUUGUUUGAUUUCGUAUGUUUCGAUUAAUUAAUUAUUAAUACUGCAAGUGUGGAGAAAUGGCACUCUGUUCUGUUGCGCAUCCCCUACUCAAUGUAAAUAUUUGUACUGCAAAACCACCAAAACUUAGUACUAGUUUCUCUUUACGGCCAAUUCAUCCAUUUCUGAAAUGCAGACAACGGGCAGUUUCAUCUAUGCCGCGAGCUCUCCUUGGAGAAGCGGGGCGGAGGGGGUACACAUCUGUGUUGAUUGUACCCACGGGAGUGGGGGCCGCCAUUGGGGGCUUUGCAGGGGAUGCUCUUCCUGUUGCUCGAGCCAUGGCUUCCGUUGUCGACUGUCUUAUUUCACAUCCAAACGUUCUAAAUGCAGCAAUGCUUUACUGGCCAAUGCCUAAUGCACUGUAUGUAGAAGGUUAUGCCCUCGAUAGGUUUGCCGAAGGAUUAUGGGGACUUCAAGCUGUUCAUCAGAACAAGAUUGGACUAGUUCUAGAUGCUGGAAUUGAAGACGAUUUACGGGUACGACAUUUGCAAGUAGCUGAUGCUGCUCGAGCAUCUUUAGGUCUACCUGUUAUGGAAUAUGUAACAACAGAUGUUCCUUUACAGGUAGAAAAAUGGGUUGAUGCACACACUGGGCAGUCCACAGGACGAAUUGGACAUCCCGAUUCUCUGCUGAGGGCAGUUGACACUCUUAUCAAUUGUGCAGGUGUGAAUGCUGUAGCAGUUGUUGGUCGGUUUCCAGAUGAUAAUCUGGAUGAGUUGGAGGACUACCGACAAGGGAAGGUCAGGUUUAAUCAAGCUCAUGCAGGAGUGGACAUCUUGGCAGGCGUAGAGGCUAUAAUAAGCCACCUUGUGGUAAAGGAAUUCCACAUUCCUUGUGCACAUGCUCCUGCAUUAUUACCUCUUCCCUUAGAUUCAUCGCUUUGUCCUAGGUCUGCUGCAGAAGAGAUUGGAUAUACCUUCUUGCCAUCUGUACUAGCUGGUCUAAGCAAGGCACCCCAGUAUGUUGUAAAAAAGGAAGAAUAUCCUGGUUUUGUCUCAAGGCAUGGUUGUCUAUGGGCAGAUGUUGUAGACAGUGUUGUUGUUCCUAUUGAUGCUUGUGGUGGGUCUGGAAUUCUUGCAUUUGGAAAAAAAGUAGGAUAUAAGCCACUGAUUAUUGGAGUUGAGGAGAAUGAAACAGUUCUGGACGACACUCCUGAUAAACUAGGUCUUAAUGUGUUGAAAGUUGCGAACUAUUGGGAAGCAUUGGGUGUCAUUGCUGCCCAUAAGUCGGGGAUUGAUCCUAAAUCUCUCCGUAGAGAUGGGGUGAAACACAUUCAAUUUUCAUCGUCGAUGCUCCAGCAGAAUUUUAUUCCAGAUUCUGGACUACAGAAUUCCACUGUUUUACAUUGACUUUGCGUUGAAGAAUGUUUUAUCUUUCCAGAUUCAAGUACUUUGAUCUUCAUCAACAGGGAAGGUGCAUGAAGUGUGUCAUUUCGAGGACCAACUUCAACUUAUUUGCUUCAUGCACGUGAUUUUCAAUGCUGAGAGGGACAAGUUAUUUUGAAGUGACCAUGUUUUUAAGAAACUGGUACAGACUACUGGAAUGUCCUUAUAAGUUUUAUCUAAAAACAUUGCAAAACAGAGGGGCUGUUUCUGCACGAGGAAAAAAUCUAUGAAGUGCAUAUGUUGCUGCAGAAGAAUUAAGGAUUUUUUCAUAGUCAAACCUUCAUUACAUGCUGACUAUGCAUUUGUAUUAUCUACCUUAUCAAAUCACCAGGGAAGUAUCAAUCUCUGUUAAAUACAACAUUAUAUUAUAUUUUGAGAGAUCAGAAUGAGCAGCUUUUCUUCAAUCUUUUUAAUUGAAGCGAUGUUGUUUAUUAUUUUGCAUUCUUAUAUUUUCUUGAAAUAAACACCAAAUUAUUGAGUUGUACCAUGGAAAUGUA